AUGGAUGAAUUCACAGUCGACGCCUUCGUCAACCGCGAUGAUCCCAUCCCGGUCAUCUCGUUUGAUACAAAUGAUGACCUGUCCGACGACGCCGAACUCGCAACACCGGAAAGGAAAAGGGACAAAUUAUUGCAGCAUGGCAAAAAUUUGAAGGACAGCUUUAGGAACGUACAAGGAAAGGCUCCCGAGACUGGAUCAAGUAUGCAGGAUCGGCUGCUGGAGAAGUUAUUGCAACAAGUAGUACCCGUCGAAGACCUCUCCUCUUCCCGCCCCGAAACUCCCUCCCAAAAUUAUAUUUCUCGGCCCUCAUUCUCUCUCCCUACAAUGUCGGCCAACUUUCGCCGCUUCAAUGCAAGAAUCGGCGUGGUAUUCGUCUUCCAAUCGAAGGUCAUCCGCCUCCUCUCGUGGCAUACGACCUCCCACACCCUCUCGUUUCUGGCUGUAUAUACAUUUGUCUGCCUAGACCCAUAUCUCCUGACCGUUCUACCACUGGUUGUGCUCCUCCUUGCUCUCCUCGUCCCCUCGUUCAUAGCACGACAUCCGGCCGCCCCACCCACAAUAACCUCACAAACCUCCGCCACCUUCCAAUAUUCCGCAACAGGGCCGCCUCUCGCCCCGGCCCCGACUGUCAAACCAGUCAAAGAGCUCUCUCGCGACUUCUUCCGCAAUAUGCGAGACCUCCAGAACAGCAUGGAAGACUUCUCCCGUAUCCACGACAAAAUCAUAUCUGUCAUCACACCCCGGACAAACUUCAGCAACGAGCCCCUCUCCUCAACCCUCUUCCUCUUCACCUUCCUCUCAGCCUUGAUCCUUUUCAUCGCCUCCCACCUCCUACCCUGGCGAAUAAUCUUCCUCUUCGUCGGCUGGACAAUCACUAGCCUCGGACACCCCACCAUCCAACGUCAAAUGCUCACCACACACAAAACACACGUCGUGCCCCAUGAAAAACAAGCCUUAACCCUCCUCGAUUCCUGGAUCGCUUCAGAUAUAGUCCUCGACUCCGCCCCAGAGACACGAGAAGUGGAGAUCUUCGAGUUACAGAAGCUUUCCUCGGCAGGAGAAUGGGAAUCCUGGCUCUUCUCCUCAUCCCCUUACGAUCCAUUAUCAGAAGUGAGAAUCAAAGGCGAGCGAGCGAAGGGAACACGAUUUUUCGAGGAUGUGAAAGCACCAGCGGGUUGGGAAUGGAGCGAGAAGAAGUGGGCUUUGGAUCUUUGGUCUCGGGAGUGGGUUGAGGAAAGGAUUAUCACCGGGGUGGAGGUAGAGACUGAGGGUGAGAGAUGGGUUUACGACAUUCGGUACGAGUAUGAUGAUAUGGAUCAGGAUUUCUUCCCAGAACUCGAAAACACCCCCACCCCUACGAAGGGGAAGAAGAAAGUGUUGCCGAGUUGGGAAGAAGGCAGUGAAGCAGAGACAGAAGGAAGAGGGAGGCGAGGCGAGUGGAGACGCAGGAGGUGGGUCAGGAUGGUGAAGAGGAAGUGGGUUGCUAGAGCUACGACCACUAGUAUCAAGCCUUGA